AUGAAGUUCUCGACAGCCCUCCUGGCCUCCGUCGGCUUCGGCCUCGCCAGCGCCGCGACCGGAACAUCGUCCACCGUCGGCCAGAGACCCAGCACCGCCCCCGUAAAAGACGCCAUCACCUCCCACGGCUGCUACAACCUCAACGCGACGACAUGGAAGAUCUACCCCGUCGAGAGUCUCAGCACCGGCGUGUGCACCGGCGAGUGCAAGGACAAGCAGAAGAAGAACGUCGCCGCCCUCAACGGAGAGGACUGCUAUUGCGGUGACGACUACCCUCCCAAGAUCAACGUCGUCGACGACAAGAACUGCAACUUCCCGUGUCCAAAUUACCCUCUGGAAUCUUGCGGCGGUGUCGACGAUGGCAAUCUGUUCUACUCUGUCUUCAACACGGGUCUGAAGCUCGUCGUCUCCGACGAGGAGCCCCGAACCACAUCCACAGCGGCAGCUACGAAGGCCACCACGAGUGCCGGCGGCGCCGUCGAGACCAUUAUCGAGACCCCGACGACCACCCCGACGCCCACCGGUGACGCCGACAGCGGCAAGAAGGGCGGCACCAACGUCGCCGGCGUCGCGGCCGGCGUUGUCGUCGGUGUCGUCGUCAUCGCCGCCAUCGCCGGUGGCAUCUUCUUCUACGUCCGCCGCAAGCGCAACGCAGAGAUCGAGGAGGAGCACCGCCGCAACGCCGCCGUCAACGCCUUCAUCGGCGGCUCCAAGCCUCCCAGCAGCAGCGGCGUCUCCAUGACCGACUCCCGCAUGGACCCGACGCUCGCUCACCGCCGCAUGAGCGACGGCAGCAUCGCCGACAACCAAGAUUACUCGCGGAAGAUUCUCCGAGUGAGUUUCACCUCCAACCCCCUUUCAAGCCAUCGAGAAGUGACAAACUAA